AUGGGAAGCCAAACGAAACCUUUCCGUUCUGCCGAUGCAUCCUUUAUGGACUACGUUGCGUACGGCCAACGAAGCGACGUGUUCUAUAGUGGCCAAACGAACCAACCGCCUGCUCCACGGCAGACUAUAAACCCAUCGAAUGUAUUCCCACCGAUCGGUACGUUUAGCAUCGAGACGACUACGAUGGCAGCCCCGAAUCAGGGUGUUUUUGGAGGUGGCGAUGCGAUGAGCGUGCUGGGUAAUACCGGCACAACUGGCACCAUCGGGGUGUUUAAUGCCAACGCCAUGAUGAACGUACCGAAUAAUAUGAGCAAUGCGAACAAUUCUUACUCGACCGGCCAGACCACGAACGGCGUCGACGCUAGCCAGGGAACGCGCGAAACUGGUAUCAUUGAAAAAUUGCUGCAUUCGUACGGGUUUAUACAAUGCUGUGAGCGACAGGCUCGACUCUUCUUCCACUUCUCGCAGUUCGGUGGCAAUAUCGAACAUCUGAAGAUUGGUGAUCCGGUGGAGUUUGAAAUGACGUACGAUCGGCGUACGGGGAAACCGAUCGCUAGCCAGGUCACGAAAAUAGCGCCGGAGGUAGUGUUAUCGGAGGAGCGCGUGACCGGCACUGUUACGACCGAGCUGAAGUGCGAUUCGGCUACGCCGGGCACCACUACGAGCUCUUCAACGUCGAGCGACACCACGACCGGGCGCAUUAGCUAUGAAAAUCGGGGCGAAUGUUUCUUCCUACCGUAUACCAAAGACGAUGUCGAAGGGAACGUCUCGCUACGUUCGGGUGACAAAGUUAGCUUUCAGAUAGCUACGAAUCAAAGGGGUAACCUUGGAGCUUGUCACAUCCGGCUGGAAAAUCCGGCCCAUCCAGUUAAGUAUCGUGGCGUCGUGUGCUCUAUGAAGGACACGUUCGGUUUUAUCGAACGAGCGGACGUGGUAAAAGAGAUCUUUUUCCAUUUCUCCGAGGCGGACAAUACUAUCGAACUUCGUCCUGGCGAUGAUGUGGAGUUUAUUAUUCAAACCAGAAAUGGAAAAGAGGUGGCUUGUAAUAUCGCCCGCUUGCCACCCGGAUCGGUAAUCUUCGAGGAUGUCGAUACAACGAUUUACAAAGGACAGGUGCUAAAGCCACUGGAUCGCAAUAAUCCGGCACGCCAGCAAACGAACGACCCGUUGCCGGGGCGUAUACGGUACCGUGCGGCCGAUCACUCGGAAGUCGAAGUGCCAUUCGGAGACAAGGAUCAGAAAGGUGACUAUACGCUGCGCCAUGGCGACUGGGUACAGUUUCUGCUAGCGACCGAUCGUCGCGAUCAGCUGCAACGGGCAACGUCCAUUUCCCUGCUGGACGAAACAUUCCAAGUGAGCGGUGAAAAGCGCGAGCAAGGCGUUGUGGCUUCGUUAAAGGAAGGCUUCGGCUUUUUGCGCUGCGUCGAGCGUAGCGUACGAUUAUUUUUCCAUUUUACGGAAGUGCUAGAUACGAGUCGCGAAAUUUGCGUUGACGAUGAGGUUGAAUUUACCGUCAUUCAGGAUCCGGGUUCUAGCUUCGCCAACAACCGCCAGAGCGCCAUUCGCAUCAAGCAUUUGCCAUUUGGCACGGUCAAGUUUGAGACGCUUAUCGAGAGCAACGUGGAAGGCGUCGUAUCCCGUGAGGCACCGAAAAGUCCUAUCAAAUCGCAGGAACGCACCGAGGGUGGCGUUAUUACCUACGGCCAAGGUCCAAACAAAAAGACUAUAAUGUAUUUCUUGAAAGAUUGUGAUAAGCCACCACGUGUGGGUGAUAAAGUCAGAUUCAAUAUUUGUCAGGUUAAACGUAACAAAGAAUUGAUCGCAACGAACAUUGUGGAGAUCACUUCUAAUACGCAACAGGCUCUGCAACAGCAACAACUACUGCUGCAUCAACAACCACUGCAGCAGCAGUCACAGCAGCACUCUCCUAUUGCUGUGGAUACACAGCUAACGAUUGGUUCGGUUCCAUCGUCGCUAUCGCCAACAGGUGGCCUCACUAAUGGUGCCAGAGCAAACGGAAACUCGGUAACGAAGUCCAACUAUACCAACGGUAAUGUAAAGCCGGGAAAAAUUCAACACGGAUUCAUUGCAGUGUUGAAGGAAAACUUUGGUUUCAUUGAAACGGUCGAGCAUGACCAGGAAGUGUUUUUUCACUUUAGCAACUUUAUCGGUAACAGCAAUACUCUUGAGUUGGGUCAGGAAGUGGAGUACACACUCUCUACCCGCAAUGCCAUUAACGCCGGAAACUGUAUUCCCGCCGAGAAUGUAAAGGUAUUGCCGAAAGGCACCAUUCAGCAAGCGAAAGUUCUGCCUACAAGCUUCAAUGGAUCGGUACUACGCCCACUGCGCUGCAUCAAUCCGGAACAGGUCGAAUACAGUGGGUUGGUGCAGAUCAAGAACGAAAUGGGCGACACACUGUCAACGCACGAGUUCGGCAUCACCAGCCUGAAGAACCAUCGCGAUCUGCUGCAGAAAGAUGACGUGGUAACGUUCAAGAUCGAUGAGCUAAAUCGUGCAAUGGAGAUCGCUCCGGUUCGUACCAAAAAGCAAGCAAAGGUAGAUUCGAUUAAGGGGCAGUUUGGAUUUUUGGAUUUCGAAGUUGAGGAAGGGAAAAAGCUGUUUUUCCACAUGUCCGAUGUGCAGGGCAACGCCAAUCUGUAUCUGGGCGACACGGUGGAAUUUUCCAUUGUUACCAAUCAGCGGAACGGAAAAACUUCUGCUUGCAACGUGGUUAAAAUUAAUGAUGCCAAUGGACCACGGCCGGAACGACUGAUUUCCCGCAUCAAGCUGAACUCCGUUGAUGAUAGCGGACCGCGCUUGACUGUCAUUCGUGCACCGAAAGGGCCGGACGGUACGAAAGGCUUCCACCCAUCGGCUAGAACUCCUCGUUUGGCUGGUAAAAGUGUGACAAACGAGUAG